UCAAAAUAGAUGAUGAGGAUAUUCAUCAUUGGAUAUGCUCUUAUCUAGAAUACGAGGAUUUAAAGAAUUCACCUUAGUACAUUCCCGUGAUGCACCGGUUAAGUUGCCUACCCAUCUUUUCAAUUGUCUAGACUUGAAACAUUUGAAGCUUGAACGCAGUAUUUAUCCUUUGUCUUUUCGUGGUUUUCCAAAGCUAUUGACCUUAGACUUGCAUAAUAAUGCAAGUAUACAAGGCCACAGAUAUGGGGAAUUAAUUGCUUGCUGUCCCCAACUCGAGACUCUAAAACUUUGGGAUAGCGACCUUAGAGGGCAAGUGAAAUUGGCUGAUAUUACAAAUCUCAAAAAUGUCAAGAUGUUAGCUUUGUCAUUGUGUUUGCUUGACAAUAUGACUAUGCUCAGAGUUUCCACAGUCUUCCAGCAUAUCUCUCUUCUUCCAAAACUUCUGGAGCUUUGUUUAAGGCUUGAAAACUGCACGUUCUUGCCAGAAGAUGCUCAAAAUCCGGUCUCCGCCAACUUUCCCUUCCUCAAGACUCUUGCAUUUUGCCACAUGGAUUUUAGUAGUUUUUCCAUGUUAUCAUUUGCUUUUAGGAUGCUUAUUGGCUGCACAACUUUGCAGACCCUUUUUAUCUCUGGUAUAUACAAGAAUGAUGUUCCACUACCUGCCAUAUUUUCUCCUGAUCGCAGCACAAUGGGGCAGUUGCAACUGCAGCUUCAGAAAGUGAGGUUCGUAUCUAUAAAAGGUUUGGAAAAUGAAGUAUGUUUAAUUAAGUAUAUACUGGCUUGUUCCCCGAUGCUAAAGAGCAUUGAAAUUCGACUCACCCCGUACGUAGGCAUUAAUAACAAUGAGAAGUAUAAGCUUGCUAGCAAGCUGUUGAAGCUUCGUCGAGCCUCCCCAAUGGCGGAGAUCAUCUUGUAUUCAUGA